CGAGUUGCCAGACCAUUGAAUUUCUAGCACGUGUGGAACAUUCAUUUAAUUGUUAUUUUUAUGCAGUUUAACUUGCUAUUUAGACCAAUAAGAGAAUAGGAAUGCGUGACAACACACCGCCACACCGGCCAGAUUUCGAUGACGGCGACGACGAACUCCAGGAGAUAAUUGAGCUGGAGGAGCAGCCGCUGGACGAAGAUGACGACGAUUUGGAGGAGGUGACGCUGGAGCAACUGGAGGCCCGGCUUGCAAUGGCCGGUGGCGAUGAUGACGAAGAGGAGGACGAGGAGGAGCUACGUGACCGUGAGAGAAUAGCAGCCAUCACGGACGAAGCUACGGUCACUUUCACGAAGCACACCGCUCCUGUUUUCGCCUGCAGUCUGCAUCCCAACUACAAUUGGGCGGUGACGGGCAGCGAGGACGAUCGAGCCUUCGUUUGGGAAACCUCCACCGGCGAUGUCCUCUACGAGAUCACGGACCACAAGGACACCGUCACGGAAACGCACUUCAGCCACGACGGCGUCUAUCUGGCCACCGGUGAUCUGGCCGGCGAACUCUUUGCGUUCAAGGUCAGCGAAAAGCACGAUGAGCGUCCGAUCCUGACCAAAAUCUGGGAGUACUCCAUGAGCGACAUGUCCUGGCUCUUCUGGCAUCGAGCUGCCCACAUCCUGCUGGCGGGCAGUGACAGCGGAGAGGUCUUCGUUUUCCGCAUACCCAGCGGCGACUGCAAGAUCCUGCCGGGACAAUCUUCGCGUUGCGAGUCCGGAGAGCUCAGUGGGGAUGGCAAGAAACUGUUCACGGCCUACGUGAACGGAUCCGUGAAGCUGUGGGAUCUCAAGAGCUGUCAGGUGCUCAUCGACGUAAACGAAUCGCAUCCAAUGGGAUUCGGCGAGAUCACGCACGCGGUGGUGGCCUGCGAAAGGGAAUCGCCGUUCUACGUCUGCGCUGAGGCGUCCGGAAAAAUGCUGUUCUGCACUAACAACGGUCCGGUUAGCACAAUCCAGUCGGAACACGGAAUCGAGUGUCUGGCCUUUGCUCCCUCCUCGGCGGAUCUAAAGCUAUUUGCCUGUGGCUCGUUGGACGGCAGGAUAUCCAUCUGGGACUAUGCCAAAUCAGCGUUGCGUACCAUAUGCGAAAAUCCAGUUCCCAAUGAUGCUGUCAUAAGGAUCAAGUGGUUGAACGACCACACGAUACUUGCGGCCACCUCGCAGGGAAAUCUGAACGCAUUCGACGCACGCACAGGAAUUUUGAAAUUCACGCUGACGGGACACUACUAUCACAUCUACGAGUUUGUCUACAAGCCUCAGGAAAAUCUACUGCUGACGGUAUCCGAGGACAACACGGCCAAGAUAUUCAAGGUGCCGGCGCUGGGCGAUUAGUUAGGUUUUAAAGAUUUGUACUGUGCUAUAUAUAUGUAAAUAGUAAAUACAUAUUAAAAUGUAUCUCAGUAGCCAGGUGCAUUGAACCCA